AUGGUCCAACGCAUCGCCAGUGGGGCGUUUGGUACCGUCUAUAAAGCCGAAGCCGAACACGUUCCCGAAUACGGAAGUGCCGUCUACACUUCACGGCGACUUGUGGCCGCCAAAUAUCUUCCCAACACGUCAGACAAAGACAAGUCGGGAUUCUACCAGGAAGUGAGGCUAUUGGCAGCUCUGGACGAUCCGCACUUGUCGCGUGUUUUGGCCGUUUGCACGACGGAAGAGCCCUUUUGCGUCGUUUUAGAAUAUCUGGAAUUCGGCGAUCUGAACCAAUUUCUCAAACUGCAUCGAUUCAGACCGGAUAACCACCACAACUCGUCCGACAGCCGCAACAACAUAUCAAAAACGUUCUCUACUCCGGACGAAACGUUAACAAUGGGAAGUUUGAUAUUUAUGGCCAGUCAGAUCGCCUCGGGAAUGCGUUACCUUGAGUCUCUAAAUUUCGUUCACCGCGAUUUGGCCGCCAGGAACUGUUUGGUUGGCAAAGGACUUCAGGUCAAAAUCUGCGAUUUCGGUACAGACAGCGACAUAUACGGAUUGGAUUAUUAUCGCGCGGAGGAUCAAGUAAUCGGCUUACCAGUUCGCUGGAUGGCAUGGGAAUCCGUAAUACAGGGGAAAUAUACGACCAAGAGUGACGUGUGGGCAUUUGCAGUGACGCUGUGGGAAAUAUUGGUCCUUGGCCGGCAGCGUCCUUACCAAGAGCUUAGCGACGAUGCAGUUGUGGAUAAUUUGCAGCAUUUUGCACAGGGAACGGUCGUCAGCGCACCCCCGUGUGUUUCGCUGUCGAGACCGCAGCACUGCCCUCGCGAUAUUUACGACUUGAUGUGCGAAUGCUGGCGGCGACAACCCACCGAACGUCCCUCCUUCCGUGAAAUCCACCUUUUCCUGCAACAAUCUUUUUGUUGUGUUCCACAAGUGUCCAGCAUAAGCGAUCCAUUGCAAAUUGAGCGACAUUGUGUCGGAUCAGAAUUGAGAAAAUGCAUGCGAGUCCCAAGUAUUUGGAUAUCUCCGGCUAUUCCGGAGAGCUUCUCAUCGUCGCACUUUGGUAUCUGA